AUGUCACUAAUAUCGGCGCUCCGGGUCCCCUAUCGGGAAGCCCGCGAUGGGUUCUGGGGAGAGCAGACGUCGACGCUGAAUUGGUGCGAAGAGGACUACAACAUCACCUUUUACUGCGCCGAAGUCGUCAACACGCUCACCAACCUGGUCUUCAUGUGGCUCGGGUUUAAGGGCUUGCGCAAUGUGAUCGCCUACAGUCACUCGAGCGUCUUGAUCCUCGUCUUCCUUGGGUACAUCGUAGUUGGCCUGGGGUCAAUGGCUUUCCACACCACGCUUAAGUACGAGAUGCAGCUUGCCGACGAGCUGCCGAUGAUAUACACCGUGUGCAUUAUGGCAUUUGCCACGUUUGCGUACAAGCGGCCGGCGAGGGUCCGGGCCCUGAUCGCGAUCGCCUUGGUUGGAUUGGCGGUUUUCAUCACGGUGUACUACCUCUAUGCCAAGGAUCCCGUCUUCCACCAGGUCGCAUACGGCCUCCUCACGGCCGGGACCAUCUUCCGUGGCUUCUAUGUCAUGGAAACCGACCUGCGGCCGAGGUUGAGGCAGCGAAAGCAGCCUACCGAAUGUGAUGAAUACAUGCUCCGCAUGUACAAGCUGGCAGUGACUGGCAUCCUCAUGUUCUUGGCCGGAUUCUUCAUCUGGAACAUGGACAACAUCUUCUGCCACCAUCUGACAGGCGCCAAGAACAAACUGCUGCUCCCGUGGUCUGUCGUACUAGAAGGUCAUGGAUGGUGGCACAUCCUGACGGGUCUAGGUAAGAGGAGUUCAUGUUGGACUGGGCGCCUUUGCGGUCCGUUCCACAGGUGGUGCCCAAGCCGGGCGCGUUUGCAAAUGGGAACGGGCAGAAGAAGACCCAGUAACCGGGUUCUCUCCUCGCACUGCUGUUCAGAUUCGCCUUUACUGAUCCGGCAUGGCUCGAGAUCACGAUACAACUGCAUACCUCAGCUGUUCGGAAACUUGAGAACUGUCAAGAUGUCAAUAUCAAACGAGGCGCUGCAAAAGCUGGUGAGAGAGAUUGAGUCGCAGGCGAUUGCCGCGCAACAGCAGAUUAGCCUGGUGCGCACCCAGGCGGCGAGCAAGCAACGAGAGAUGCGCCUGGCCCAGUUGACGCGCAACGAAAUCGCAUCGCUGCCGUCGGAUACCGCCGUGUACGAGGGCGUUGGGAAGAUGUUUGUCGGGGUAGGUGUGCCGGCGCUGCAGGACAAGUUGGGCUCGCAGAUCAAGGACCUCGAGACCGAGGUGGACGCCCUAGGCAAGCGGCUACAUUACUUGGAGACGACGGCGAAAAACAGCCAGGAACACAUCGAGAAAAUGCUCAAGGGUGCCGGGCAGUCAUGAUACGCCAAUGCGAAACCUGGUGCACGUACAUAUUCGGCCACCUCGACGAAGCCUUGGAGUCGCACUCGCACCCCGCUCAGGACGAUGAGCAUCAGCGAGCGUCCAUGUCGAUAGAAUGACACAAUGGCCAAUGCACGGUUCUGGCAGAGGAGGAGGGGCUUGUCGGUCGGGGGAGGUGGGGGCGACUCCUGCCGAACGGCUGUCUUUUCAUUGAGACGAGCGAGACCACCAGUUUCUUCGGUUGGGGGUCAAGCUACUGGAUGGAUUAUCAAGUUCAUCAAACGUUUGUCAACAAAAGUGAGCUUCUGGAGCUCUCUCGC